AAUCGAAAUAUAAAAAACAAAAAAAUGACGAAGAACAAGUAACAAACUUAAAAUUCGUAAACGGAAUUAUCGCGUGAAAAAGAUUAUUUUACACAAGUACAAUGUAGAAAAUUGAAGGAUUACAAGGGCACGUUAAAUGGAAGACACAUGGAGUCGCGUGCGCAGAUGAGUCAGUCUCUGCCGACUAAACAUCACCGACCGGAGGCAAACUACAGGAGCUGUUCGCAGUCCUUGCCACUUGACAUUCUAUGGUUGCCGCGGUCGUCAUUUCGGCCGGCGGAGGGCGAGCUGGCAGACUGCGUGCUCGUGGUCGGAGUGUCGCGGCCCAAGCUCGCCGCGGCCCUCCUCUCCGUCACGCUUCUGUCACUGUUUCUAACUUUUCACGUGCUCUACGACAGCGCUCUUUACAGCAUUCAAGCGGCGAGCAUGGCGUCAGCUGCCAGCGAAGGCCGUAAGAUAUUACAAAGUCAAGAGAGCAGUCGUACAAUAAGCCACCCUAUGGCUCUAAGAAAAAGGUUAAAACCGCCACGCGCGCCGCGACCUGCCCGCCGACUCCCGCAGGCACUUAUCAUUGGAGUUCGUAAAUGCGGAACCCGUGCUCUCUUAGAAAUGCUGUAUCUACAUCCUAUGGUACAAAAGGCGUCAGGAGAAGUGCAUUUCUUCGACCGUGAUGAAAAUUACGCCCUCGGCUUAGAAUGGUAUCGAAGCAAAAUGCCUCUUUCAUUUAAAGGGCAAAUAACUAUAGAAAAAAGUCCAAGCUACUUCGUUACCCCCGAGGUACCAGAAAGGGUGCGUGCGAUGAAUUCAUCGGUGCGUCUGUUACUCAUAGUGCGGGAACCAGUGACACGAGCCAUAUCUGACUAUACUCAGCUACGCAGUCGAGCCACACCCUCGGCACCGACGGUGUCCCUCGUGGGCCAUCCACUACCUGAUGCUGCGAAACCAUUUGAACAUCUCGCGUUGGCACCUGAUGGUUCUAUAAAUAUCGCCUAUAGGCCAAUAGCUAUAUCCUUAUACCACGCGUAUCUUCAUCGAUGGCUCGAAGUAUUCCCCCGGGAACAGAUUUUGGUCGUGAACGGCGAUCAGCUGAUUGAAGAUCCGGUGCCACAGCUGCGUCGCAUCGAAAGAUUUCUUGGAUUGGAGCACAAAAUAGGAAGAAAAAACUUCUACUUCAACGAAACUAAAGGAUUCUACUGCUUGCGUAACGACACCACGGACAAGUGCCUCCGGGAGACAAAAGGCCGCAAGCACCCUCGGGUGGACCCUGCAGUCGUCACUAAGUUACGGAAAUUCUUUGUCCAGCACAAUCAACGAUUUUACGAUUUAAUCGGGGAAGACCUCGGCUGGCCUGAGGACUAAACUAUACAAUCCGAUUAGUCGAUCAACUAAUCCAUCAACUAAUCUACCAAAGACGAAACAUUACAUAUCGUUGUGAUGAACAUAUCAAUGUAAUACAUACAUAUCAAAUCAAAAUUAACAUAUCACUAGUAAAUAAGAUUUUUUAAAAAUGUUUAUGUAUACAUUUUAGCGUAUCGUAUAAUAAGGUAUUUAAGAGAUUUAUUAAUUAUUUAUUUACAUAAAGACGAGUGAUUAUAAUUAUUAAAUUAGGCAAAUAAUUUUAAUAAUUGAAUUCGAAAAGAAAUAAUUAAAAUGUUAGCUAUAUAUAUUUUCAUAAUUGUGUUAAUUAAUUAAAGUUUUAUUAGUAAAUUCUGUUUUUGAAAUUUUACGGGCAGUGUGUAAGAAAGGGAACAAAAUGUUAAUAAAUAAAAUUGAAUGAUUAAUUUUAUUUCGAGCCGAUUGUGUUGGUUUUCUUAGUAUUUUAUACAAACUUAUAAUAGAAGUAAUCUACAGGCAUCCAACGUGUACUGAUUUGAUAAACCGACCCACUGAAACCCUGAGCAAUAUAUUUUUUAUAUAUAACUAAGUAUUGUGUGCUAUCCUUAUACAAAGUUGAUUAGAUAUACAGAUAUGAAUUUUAAUAUUUGUGAUCGUUUCGUUUUUUAGAAUCGAUUGAUUUUAAUAAUAAUAAGUAAUUAUAAUGUAAGUUUAAUCUCUAAGUAUAGAUAAAAUGAAUGAGUGUUGUAAAUUAUUCGCUUUCUCUUUUUAGAUGUUGUAAUUUGGUCGUGCAAUGUGUCUUAAUGUUUUAAGUUUUUUAGUAAAGGCCGACAGAUAAUAUAAAAAUCUUUGUCAUGCUGCGGAAUUAUAACAACGUUUAUUAUUACAGGCAACACCGUCCUAUCAAGAUAUGUCAUAUUAGUUUAGUUUGGGUAGUUAAUUUUGUCUAAGAUUUAUACUUUAAAAAAAUGCCAAACACAUUUAAAGUGCAGAAAAACUUUAAAUUUUAUACUUAACAUAUUCAUUUUAUACAAAUUAUACCGUAUCUCAUGCGUAUGUAACCAACCCCGACUGCCAUGACUGUGUUUUGUGUUGCCAUGUUAAAUAGGUAUACUUUUUUACGGUGAAAUGACAAAGUCAAUUUUAGUUGUCGUCGGCCUUUUUAUGUAAUUUUUUAAAUAUUAGAAGAAAUAUUUCAUAUUGUCCAAAUUCGAGAGUGGUCAUUUAAAGACAUAGAUGUAAAGUUGUUGAAUUAUCUCCUUAGAACGAGCAAUUAGACUCCUAUAAAAUGAAAUCUGUGUGUGUCUAUGUGUCUAUACUAUUUCCCUUUUAUCUUAUUCAGAUUCUUUCAUAUGUGUGGUUCACGCUGUAGCAUAUUUUAAUAUAACACGCUGAUUUUUAUUAAACAUUUUGAAAUUGAAAAUUCGACGCGGGUUUUAGAAGUAUUUCUAUUUAAGUGUAACGUCCAAGACUGAAGAGUUAGUUGAAUAAGUCUAAGUGAUACCUAUUUAGCAUAAAAUGUCCAUGGGUAAGACGUGAGACGAGGAUGUCACAACCUAACCGCAUCACCACCGUAACAACAAAUCGUGUACAGAUGGCACUUAAAACGCGUUUACGAGUAAAUUUUUUCGGUAGGAAUUUUGCUUCCUAAUACAAUUUUCACGAUCAACGAAUAUUUAUAUGUUUUAUAAUUCCGAAUUUUGAGAAAGUACCUUAAGCGCACGCAAAUAUAUGAUACAGAUGUUAUCACACGAUAGAUAAAAAACCAAUAUAUUGUCAUAGUAUUAAGCUCGAACUAAAGAGCUGUAAUAUUUUGAAAGCAAAUCGCUGAAGUUGAAUUUAAUCAUCUUUAUAAUCAUA